UGGAAUCACAUUCUCCAGGGUCCACGUACUAUCCUAUAUAAUGGACACUACGCCCCAUUGAAUCACAAGAACCCAUUUCCAGGGCCAGCUUGCUUGACAAGUUCUCAUCCGUGGGAUUCUUCUCAUCUCAACCCCUGAUCUCCUUCUCACCCCCCACCCCUUUUCCAACUUUCUCUUCUACCUCACCUCCCCAUCAUGCGGUCCGCUUCCCUCAUCGCCGCGGUAGCCAGUUUGGCCCCGUUGGCCGCUGCUCGUCCCCUGGAUGACUGCCCUGCCAACGAGACGGUCGUCACCGAGAUCGAGAUCCGCCCGGACAUCAAGCAUCAGCAAAUCGAAGGCUUCGGCUUCUCCGGGGCCUUCCAGCGCGCCCAGCUCCUCCUCAACGUCACCGACCAGGUCCAGCAGGAGCUCCUCGACCUCAUCUACAACCGCGAGACCGGCAUCGGCUUCUCCAUCCUGCGCAACGGCAUCGGCUCCUCCAACUCGAGCUACAAUGACUGGAUGAACACCAUCCUCCCCGAGUCCCCCGGCUCCCCCGACGGCGAGUUCAACUACGUCUGGGACGAGUACGACUCGGGUCAGCUCUUCCUCGCCAAGAAGGCCGUCGAGUACGGCGUCGAGCGCAUCUACGCCAAUGCUUGGAGCGCUCCGGGUUUCAUGAAGAACAACGCCGACGAUGCGAACGGCGGCCUGCUGUGCGGCGUUCCUGGGAGCUUUGAUGGGAAUAGUGCCUGCGAGCACGACUGGCGUCAGGCCUAUGCCGAUUACCUCGUCAAGUAUAUCCAGAUUUACGCCGCCGAGGGUAUCAAGAUUAGCGAUGUCGCAUGGCUCAACGAGCCUGACCUGACCACCUCCUACGCCUCGAUGCGCUCCAACGCCGAGCAAGUCGCCGACUUCCUCCCCAUCCUGCACAAGACGCUCGAGGACGCCGGCCUCGACGUCGGCAUCUCCUGCUGCGAGCAGACCGGCUGGCAGGCGACCCAGCAGAUGGUCUCGCAGAUCCAAGCCCUGGGCGUCGAGCACCUCCUGACCACCUGGGCCGGGCACGAGUACACCUCGCCCAUCGACGCGCCGCUGGACACCUCGCUCUCGGUCUGGCAGUCGGAGUACUGCGACCUGAACGACCGGUGGACCGCGGCCUGGGACAGCGGCGUCUCGCGCGGCGACGGCUACCGCUGGGCCAGCAUCCUGCACCGCGCCCUGACCGUCGGCAACGUCAACGCCUACCUCUGGUGGCUGGUGGUCCAGGACGAGGCCACCAACGACAACAACAACGAGAAGCUCAUCAUGGUCGAGGACGGCGAGUACUUCCUCUCCAAGCGCACCUGGGCUUUCGCCCAUUACUCCCGCUACAUCCGUCCCGAUGCCUACCGCGUGGAGACCCGCGGCGGGGACCUCAGCGCCUCGGCUUUCGAGAACAAGGACGGCAGCCUCGUUGUUGUUAUCCUGAACCCCCACUACCAUGAUGAGACGGUCAGCUUGGAGCUCAUUAGCUGCAGGCAUAGAAACAAGGGCUGGGGCAAGGUCACGGCCUGGCUCACGGAUGAGGACCACGAUAUUGAGGAGGUUGAGGUUGAGGUCGAUGAGGAUGGUUAUGUCAAGGCCGAGCUGCCGGCUCGCGGUCUCAUCACUUUCAGGGCUGUCGCGGAAGAGUAAGCUUGAGACGAUAGAGAAAAGGGUCCGUCUCACGAGACAACUAGUGCCCAGCCGCGAAAAGUAACAUGUAGGAAUAGCAUGAGAGCCGCAUAUCAUCAUAAUAUAUCCUAGUCCUUUACCAGGCCCAGUAAUAC